AUGCAUGGGAGGAGGGUUUGUGAGGAGAGGAAGAAAGGUCAUCGUCGGCAUAUGUUUAGAGCUCCUUCGCGUGUAAUUUCGAGCGUCGAGGCUUCUGGUUCUUCGUCUCUUUCUCUUUCUUCAUCCACUUCCUUCUCUAAGGAUGGACGCAGGAUCAAUGUUGGUGACUGUGCUCUCUUUAAACCACCUCAGGAUUGCCCGCCUUUCAUUGGUUUGAUUCGCUUGGUCAUUCCCGAAGAAGAAGGCAAGUUAAAGCUGCGUGUGAAUUGGCUGUAUCGACCCGCAGAGUUGAAACUCGGCAAAGGCAUCCUUUUGGAGGCUCAGCCGAACGAAAUCUUUUAUUCCUUUCACGAGGAUGAGAUACCGGCUGCAUCCUUACUGCAUCCGUGUAAAGUUACCUUCCUCCCAAGAGGCGUUGCGCUGCCAUCUGGAGUCUCUUCAUUCGUGUGCUGGCGAGUUUAUGAUGUUAUGAACGAGUGUAUUUGGUGGCUGACUGAUCAAGACUAUAUCGAUGAACGGCAACAAGAAGUAGAUAAGUUAUUGUGUAAGACUCGUUCCGAGAUGCAUACGACAUUACAGCAGGAUGGUCGGUCUCCUAGGUCAAUGAAUAGUCCGACAACAUCGCAAGCGAAGGCCGGAACAGACGGCUCGCAGAACAACAGCUCCUUUUCUUCCCAGGGUAAGGGAAGGAAGAGAGAGCGCGCAGAUCAGGGUUCCGAGUCUGUGAAACGGGAACGUCCAAGUCGGAUUGAUGAUAGUGGUUCUGGUUUCGUGAGAACAGAAAGCAGUUUGAAAUCUGAGGUGGCAAAAAUUACGGAAAAAGGCAAGCUAGUGGACUCUGAAGGGGUUGAGAGAUUGGUGCAGCUCAUGCUGCCUGAGAGGAACGAGAAGAAAAUAGACUUGAGUGGCCGAUCAAUUCUUGCAGGCGUUGUGGCGGCAACAGACAAGUUUGACUGCCUCAGUCGUUUCGUCCAGCUCAGGGGAUUGCCUGUUUUUGAUGAGUGGCUACAGGAAAUUCAUAAAGGGAAAAUUGGGGAUGCGAGCAGUCCCAAAGACAACGAUAGGCCAGUGGACGAUUUUCUAUUGAUCUUACUUCGUGCUCUUGACAAGCUACCUGUGAAUCUCAAUGCUCUCCAGACUUGUAACAUUGGAAAGUCUGUUAAUCAUUUACGAUCACAUAAGAACUCGGAAAUCGUGAAGAAGGCAAGGAGCUUGGUUGAUACAUGGAAGAAACGUGUUGAGGCAGAAAUGGAUGCAAAGUCUGGAUCCAAUCAGGGUGCAUCAUGGCCUGGAAGACCUCGUCAGUCUGAAGUUUCUCAUGGCGGUAGACAUUCAGGAGUAUCUACUGAUGCAGCUAAGACAUCAGUAUCACAUCUACAUCCUUCGAAGUCUGUUUCUGUCAAAAUACCGUCAGAACAGAGCAUGAAGUCUGCAACCACAUCUCCAAGUUCUACUAGGUCAGCCCCAUCACCUGGAACUGGUGUUGCUGUUGUUAGUGAUGGGCAGCAAAGAAGUACUGGUGCACUCCAUAGAGAAGUUGGGCUGAGCAGGAGCUUCCCAUCACAAAGAACUUCAACUUCUGAGAAAGUAUCUCAAUCAGCUCUUACACCUGAAAAGACUCUUGACGUACCUAUGGCUGAAGGUUGCAGUAAUAAGUUGAUCGUAAAGCUGCCAAAACGUGGUCGCAGUCCGGCACAGAGUGUCAGUGGAGGUUCCUUUGAGGACCCUGUAGCGGGUAGUAGCAGAGCUCCAUCACCAGUGCCUUCAGAGAAACAUGACCAGGUUGACCGAAAUGUGAAAGAAAUGAGUGAUACAUAUCGAGCUAAUUUUAGCCCUGAUGCUAAUACUGAGUCUUCGCAAAACAAUGACGUAAAAAAUCUAUCGACAGUUUCAGAUGAGGUAGCUGGUUCCCCUUCUGUUAAUGCUGGUGAUGAGCACGGAAAGACUGUUAAUGAUUCUAGUAAAGUAGCAGGGAUUGUCAAACCCACUUCUCCUACGUUAGGAGAUGACGUCAAAACUGGAAAAAGGCAUGGUGGUACGCACAGCUCAAUGAAUGCCUUGAUUGAAAGUUGUGUCAGGGACUCUGAGGCAAGUGCAUGUAUGGCUGGUGCGGAUGAUGUUGGAAUGAAUCUUCUAGCUACUGUAGCUGCUGAUGAAAUGUCGAAAUCCCCUGUUGCAUCACCCUCUGUAUCCCGGGUUUCAGAUUCCGUGAUGAAUGAUAAUUCCGUUUCAGAGAACCACACAAGACGAAUCACAAAUUCUUUGGGUGGUUUGCCCAGCGAGCAAGCUGAAGCUGUUCCCAGUGAGCAACAUGUCAGUAGUAGUGGUGAGCAGUUGGCGGCUUUAGAUAUUGUGAAUGAUUCCAAGCCGGGAGAUCUUGAUGAGAACUCCGACUCAGAAAUCGAAGAAUUGCAAAGGUUGGUGGAUCAGUGCCUAGAGAGCAAUGAAAAUUCAGAUGAUGUUGCUCAAACGGCACAGCCGACAUCAGGCAUUGGGGAAAACAUGUCUGAUGAUAGUGAUAGUGGGGUAGUUAGUGACUUAAAGACUGAUGUUGCAUCAGAGACAGAUCGAGUGGCAGAUGCAACGAAAAGGACAGGAAACUCUGUUUUCCGUGAAUGUAAAGCCAUAGGCAUAAGUCAAAAUGCAGAUUUUUCGGCUGCUGAACAUUCACGGUCGGACGUAGUUGGUGAUGGUAAGAAAGAAGAGAAACCAAAUGUGGUAUUGAGUUCCGAGCUUGUUAAUAAAAUGGGUGAAGUGGUAUCAGCUUUGUCAGAGUUUGCCAGGGAUAUGAGUACUGCAAAUGUUGAUAGAUCGAUGACUGAAAACAUGCCCGAUGGUAAUGAUUGUGGAAUAGUUAACGAUCGAAAGGCUGAUGUUACACCACUGGCAGAUCCGGUUCCAGAUACAGCUGAAAGGGUGGAAACCUCUGUACCAGCUGAAUGUAAAGCUAUCGACUUGUGUCCUAAAGUAGACUCUCUGGCUGUUGCCAGUUUACCCUCUGACGUCGUAGGUGAGAACAAGAAUGAGCAGAAAACCCAGAUUAUCUUGAGUUCUGAGUUAGUUAAAAAAAUGGGUGAAGAUGUACCAGUUUCUUCUGGGUUCUCCAAGGGCAUGGCUGCGUAUGUGGAUAGAUUGGUAACGGAAAAGAUCAAUGACAUGGGGAUUAAUCAUAUGAGCCAAACAGAUAAAAAGCAGAACAGGCAUGUGACAGCUCGUCUGGACUCAUCUGCAACUAACGGUGAAGUUGAGCAUGUAGAGGCGGCUCUAAAGAGCAUUGAGGUCGAUAAACGCUGCGCCACGGCGUCAGGUCCUCAAGUAGUAUCACCUGCAGAAGAUUGUAGGAGACCUAAUGGGUCUAGAGUGAGUGGUGCUGAUGGAGAUGAAGUGGAGGAAUGUACAUCUGUUGUCAGAGAUGUUCCAUUAGUUUCAGCUUCAGGAGGGCCAGAGAUUGAAGCCAGAGUGGAAUUUGACCUAAAUGAAGGUCUUAAUGGGGAUGAUACACGAAACGUGAAUUCAAAUAACUCGGGAUCUUUGUCUUUGACACCUACUCCUUUACAACACAGUCGAUUUCCUGCAUCCAUUACUGUUGCUGCUGCUGCAAAGGGUGCAUUUGUUCCACGGGAGGAUCUGUUGAGGAAUAAAGCAACUGUUGGCUGGAGAGGAUCUGCUGCCACUAGCGCCUUCCGGCCAGCUGAGCCAAGAAAGGUCCAGGAGGUGGUGCCACUAAGCGUGAAUAAUGUGUCUUCCUCUGAUGCCUCUACGACCGCUGGCAAGCAAACGAAGACGUUCUUGGACUUUGACCUAAAUGUACCCGAUGAGAGAGUUCUUGAAGAUCUGGCCUCCCAACGAUCUGCCAAUCCCACAAAUUCCUCUGGUGGCCUGGAUCUUGAUCUUAACAGACUUGGUGAUCCAACUGAUACGAAUAAUCACACAAUAAGCAGUGGUCAUCGGGUAGACUCAUCUUUUCAGCAGGCAAACUUGUCUUCUGGUGGUCGUAGAGAUUUUGAUUUAAACGAUGGGCCCGCUGUUGAUGAUGCGAAUGUUGAGUCAUCUAUUGUUUUUAGCCAACAUUCCCGAAGUGGCUUGACGUCACAGCCAAUAAUCUCUGGAAUGAGAAUGAAUGCUGAUAACACGGCGGCUGGCUUCUCAUCUUGGUUUCCUGCUGCUAACAAUUAUUCGGCAAUGAGUAUUCCUCAAGUCUUGCCCGAACGAGUCGAUCAGCCUUUUCCGGUUAUAACCAGCAAUGGACCGCAAAGAAUGGUGGGUCCAACAUCUGGAGUUUCCUCAUUUACACCUGAUAUGUACAGAGGCCCAGUUUUGCUGUCUUCUCCAGCAGUUUCAUUCCCGCCCACAGCAUUUCAGUAUCCUGGGUUUCCUUUUGGAACCAGCUUUCCUCUCUCCUCAGCAAAUUUUUCAGGUGCUUCAACACCGUACAUGGACUCUUCAUCAAGUGGCAGGCUUUGCUUCCCUCCUGUCAACUCUCAAAUAUUGGGUCAAGGAGUUGCCAUCCCGUCUAAUUAUCCGAGGCCUUACGUCGUUAACCUUCCAAAUGGUAGUAGCAAUGGUGGAGUUUUGGACAACAACAAUGCAAAAUGGUUUAGAUCCGGUCUUGACUUAAACUCCGGACCAGGAGGGCAUGAAACUGAUGGCAGAGAUGAAGCGACACUUGUACAAAGACAAUUAUCUUCCUCUGGUUCUUUGCCUUUGAAAGAUGAUCAAGCAAGAAUGUAUCAAAUGUCAGGUGGUGCUCUCAAGAGGAAGGAACCAGACGGUGGAUGGGAUGGAUAUAAGCAAUCCUCAUGGCAAUAA